AUGCUGCUUUACCAUUCCCUUGCCUUCGGGCUGUCAUGCCUUGGACUUCUCCAAGGCAUUUCCGCGCAAGGCACCCUCCCCGCCGACUUGGUGGGAACCUGGACAAGCAAGUCCAAGAAGACUGUAACGGGACCUGAGYUCUACGAUUCCAUAAAAGACAAGCUCAUCGAGCCCGAGCGACCCGGCAUCUCGUACUCCUUCACCGCAGACGGCCACUUUGAAGAAGCGUACUUCCGCGCCAUCUCGAAUCCCGUAAACCCAGCGUGUCCGGCAGCGAUAAUGCAAUGGCAACAUGGCUCAUUCGUGAAGAAUGCGGAUGGCAGUUUGACUCUCACGCCGAUCAGUGUGGAUGGAAGGCAAUUGAUGAGCGAGCCAUGCGACGCUGAGCAUGCGAUUUACACUCGAUAUAAUCAGUCCGAGUUGUUCGAGCGCUACGAAGUUCUUACAGACCCAUAUCACAACAUCCCACGCCUGAAUCUGUACGAGUUCGAUGGUUCGCCUAUGCAGCCACUGUAUCAGAUUUACAACCCACCUCAAAUGCUUCCAACCACAACGUUGCACGCCAUGACAACUGCGACCGCGACCGCGAAAGCUGGAAAGGCCAAGCGUGGGCUGGAUGGAGAGGACGUCGUGCCGUUGAACUGGAAGUCCAAGUUCGAACAGCGGGGGGAUCACAUGGUGCAUCGCAUCAACACAGAUCGGUUGUGGUGGGUGGGAUUGACGUUUACGGGCGUCGGAGGUCUGCUCUAUUUCGGCCCUAGAAGGUUGGGAAUUCGGCUUUGA